AUGCGUUUCUCCGCUGUCAUCACCGCUUUGGCGGCCUCUGCUCCUUUGACCACAGCGUUCUACCGAGGUUUCAACAUGGCAGGCAACAAUGAAGACGGCUCCUGCAAGACCACAGCUCAAUGGACUGAAGCAUUCAAUAAAUUGAAGGGCUUGCCGCAACCUAUCACGUCCGUACGACUUUUUGCUUCGAGCGACUGCAACACACUCGACAAUGCUGUACCCGCGGCAUUGAACACUGGAACCAAACUCUUGGUCGGUCUCUGGACUCAGAAUGAAGACCACUUCACUGCCGAGAAGCACGCUCUCGAGUCGAACAUCAAGGCACACGGCUCGGACUGGAUCUUGGCCUGCGCAGCCGGCAGCGAGGACAUCUACCGUGGCGGCUUGGACAUCAACAGGCUUGCUGAACAGAUCUAUGAUGUCCGCGGGAUGAUCAGGGCGCUGGGAAGCAACGCUCCGGUCGGACAUGUCGAUACCUGGAACGCUUGGGUGAACCCAGGAACCGAUGUUGUCACCAAAGCAUGCGAUUUUGUUGGAAUGGAUGCCUAUCCUUACUGGCAAGGCGCCAGGAUUGAGGACGCUCACGACGUCUUCAUGAAGACCUUGAAAGACACUAGGGAUCAUGUGAACAGCGUCAAGAAUGGUAUCCCGGUUUGGGUGACCGAAACUGGUUGGCCUGUCUCCGGACCCAACUUUGGAGCCUCUGUCGCUUCCAAGACCAAUGCCCAGAAGUUUUGGAGAGGCACGGGAUGCAAGCUCUUUAACCAAGGUCAGAGCUUUCGUGUUGCCAUAUACAUUGUCUUCAGACUGACCUGA